AUGGAGGAGGAGGCGGCUGUACUGUCUCCCAGGGCUAACAACACUGAGUGUAGCAUGGGGGCUAACUGGACAAGCUCCCCAGUGUGUUGGCUGCAAGUGUCUGGGGGCGGCCCAGAGGUAGUGAUUGUGCCUGUGCUCUUCGGGCUGAUCUUCCUGCUGGGCAUGGUGGGGAACACGCUGGUGUUAGUGGUGCUGGGGCGAAUCCGAUCUGGGGGACGCCCUUCACGCAGCGCCACCAACAUCUUCAUCCUCAACUUGAGCAUCGCUGAUUUCUCAUUCCUGCUCUUCUGCAUCCCCUUCCAAGCCACGAUCUACUCCCUGCCAGAGUGGGUCUUCGGCGCCUUCUUCUGCAAGUGGGUUCAUUACUUGGCCAUGGCCACCAUGCUCGUCAGCAUCUUCACUCUGGUGGCCAUGUCUGUGGACAGAUACAUCGCUGUGGUGCAUGCCAAGCGCUCGCCCUGCAUCCGUAGCAAACGCAAUGCCUCCCUGGGUGUGGGCAUCAUCUGGCUGCUGUCACUGCUUAUUGCCAUCCCCGUGGCCCAGCACCAGGCCCUCAUGAGCGGCCACCAUCAAGCACCCAACAGUUCCUUCUGCUGGGAGCAGUGGGCGGAUGAUUCAGCUGCCAAGCAAACCUACAAGGUGGCCAUCCUGGUGGUGGGGUACCUGCUGCCCCUGGUGCUCAUUACCUGCUGCUAUGCCAAGGUUUUAUAUCAUCUUCAUAAAAAAGUGAAGAACAUUUCCAAGAAGUCGGAGAGAUCAAAGAAAAAGACAGCGCAGACAGUGCUACUCGUGGUAGCUGUAUUCUUGAUUUCCUGGCUGCCACACCACAUCAUCACCAUGUGGGCAGAGUUUGGUCAGUUUCCCCUGAACAACAUCUCCUUCACUUUUCGCAUCAUCUCUCACUGCUUAGCCUAUGGGAACUCUUGCAUUAACCCCAUCAUCUAUGCUUUCCUCUCUGAGAACUUCCGCAAGGCUUGCCGGCAAGUCUUCACCUGCAAGUUCCUCCUGCAGCCAGCUCCGGCUGAGAAGCUUGUGAGAAUACGCAUGGAGAACUUUUCUACAACACACUCAACGACUAAUGUGUGACCUUGGCAUAAAACAUGAAAAUGCAUUUCAGCAGAGUCUACUGGAAAAACAGAGAAGAUGGGGAGAGUAAAGGGGGCCCCGCUUGUAUAGAUGAGAUUCUGGAGCAGAGUGCCUCAAGAGUGACUCAUUCAUCAUGUCAAUAGAAUCACGAGCCAUUCCUUAAUGCAGUUGUUAGCAUACUUCACACAGGAACAGCCAAUCCAGUUGUGGCUCGCUAAUCACUAGAUUCUAUACAGCAGCAGU